GAGAGAGAGAGAGAGAGAGAGAGAGAGAGAGAGAGAGAGAGAGAGAGUGAGAGAGGCUGAUGACAACAUAGAUAAUGCUGUGAAAUGCGCCGAACGAGAAUUUCUGUGGAGCCAGAGUCAAGCCAUGGCAGCGGCAACAAGAGGAGGCAUGAAAAACCAUUGGUUGAGAUUCCACAAGAGCUCCAAGGAGAAGGCGGGCAUCGUUACGGAAACUUUCACAACUAUUACGAGUUUCAUCCUACAAUCGAGAGGUUGAAGCUUUUGGAGAGACCAGGUGGUAUCUUGGACUAUGUUUCCGCUCACUGGAGGGAGGAAUCUUCCAACAAAGAAUGCGCUCGGAAUGAUGCCAAGGUCGACGAUACCCCUGCGGCCAAAGGCGAUGCUACUACCGAAAAGAACGAAUAUUUACCUGCAAGAAAGAAAUCCAAGCUGACACACAACGAUACGAGUGGCAGUCCCUCUAAUUCUGUGACGCGAAAUGAAUUCAGCUAUCUGGAUGUUGGAUGCAACGAAGGGGAUCUCACGUUGCAAGUUGCCAAAGCCUUGUCCCAGCGCCUUGCUACCAAUUCUACACGGGAAACUACGGCGCAAAAGGACACCAAGAGCGUUACAAUAAAGACUCAUGGCUGGGACGUUGACCCAGUACUCAUUGGCCGAGCCAAGCAAAAGCAUGCACGUGAAGAUGACAUGUGCAAUAAUCCACAGUUUCACGUUGUCAAUGUUUUAGAUAAUGACAACAACCAUGUUGCGAAUGCACAAGACAAAACAUAUGACUUGACGUCAAUCUUUAGCACAACCAUGUGGAUCCAUAUUCACGGUGGCGACGAAGGACUUUGUCAGGUUCUAGGCCAUCUUUGCCAUAAGACAAGAAAGUAUUUGUUAAUUGAACCGCAACCUUCCAAAUGCUACCGAAGUGCCAUGGUCCGACUGAGAAAGAUGGGGCUACCGGAGUUUGACGUGUCGGCGGAUCGCUUACGACUUCGUCCAAGGAUCGAAGCGGAGAUUGACCGCAUUUUGAAUCAGCAUUCCUUCUCCCGAGUGGUGGAUUUGGGGGCGAAUAUCAAUCCAGACGAAAGCAAGACAGUUUGGAAGCGAUCGAUCUGGUUGUACCAGCGAACGAAUGGGCCAAGCGCAGGCGAACAAUUGAAAGCUGGAGACAACGAUGAGGAUGAGAAAAGCACCCACCAGCUCUCACCCUCAAAACCUGACAGUGGCUAGAGUCAUUUUGAGCAACCCACUUCCCAGUUAGCUUUGAGGCCAUCUACAGCUUUUUAAUGAUCUACGCAUGUACGACGAAGUUGAAACUAAAUCGCAUUACUACAUGUACCAUCGCAGCGAACCUUGGGAUCUCGUUGCUUCAACUACAAAGCACAAGCGCAAAGAUAAUGGGGCAAAGAUAAGGGAGGCUUGAAACAAACCCGACGAAAGAUUGCAAAAGAUGACAUGAUCAAUGCCUCGGUUGCUGCCUUGGCGUCUGCCUCUUCCAACGACGAUUUUCCUGCUGCUUCUUGGAGGUCAAAAUGUUGCUGGCGUAGCUGCCAUUUAUUUCCUCCUUGCAGAUCAAGUCGUUAUCAUAGUCUUGCGGUAGCGCUAAGGCCAAGAUGCUCGAUAUCAGGUGCAAGAGCAGCCCCCUGCUGCCCCGGCUGGCGGAUUGCAAGUGGACCGGCCCAACAGAACCAAACGAACUCCGAGGAAACACUUUGAGAACAUUGAGAAAGAUCCCCAAACUCAACAAGCUGCUUCACUUUCCGGAUCUCAUCAUGGCUGACAGCAAUGCCAGUAUCCAGUCUGCCGCAGCCCAAGCAACACUCCCAGACGCAGUUCACCGUGCUUCAACUGUACGUGCCGCAGUUUCCACAACCAUUGAGAACCAUUUCUUGUAGCGGCACGGAUUGUCGGCGUCACGUUGGGAAGCUUGCGUAUAGCAAUUGUUGGUCGACGUAAGAAGAGAAAAUGCUGAGCAGACACCAUCUUAUUAAAGAGAGUCCAUAUCAUCCAAGAUUG